CCCAACACCAAAUUAAUUUUACAACUCUCUAUCCUCUAGAGAGAGAAAGUAGCUAAUUGAGUUGAGACAUCUACUCCUGUUAAGCUGUUUCUUCGGAAUCCGUGACGCCGUUGCUCUCGUUUUCCCAUCAUCUCAACCAAAGUGGAAACUAUUUCAGCUUUUCUUAACAAAACUUGGUCAUCUGCUCAGAUUUUCCAGGGUUUUGUAUUUCGCUGUAAUUACGUUGAUUAUUUAGCUGGAUGCAUUGUGUAUUGUACAUCUAUCUGUGUGAGAGUGUUUGAUUGGGGAUUUCUAGCUAAUUUUUAGUCCAAAAGAGGAAAGGUGCUCGUGUUGUCUCAGCUAUGGCGAAUUGGGGCUCAGUUUCUCAGCAGCAGCAGCAUGGUUUUUCAGCUGAAGGGGUUUCUGGUAAGGAUGCGUUGUAUGAGGAGCUAUGGAGGGGUUGUGCAGGGCCUUUGGUGGAUGUUCCUAAGUCUGGAGAAAGAGUUUACUAUUUCCCACAAGGUCACAUGGAGCAGUUGGAGGCAUCUACAAAUCAGGAAUUGAAUCAAAGGAUACCGAUGUUCAAUUUGCCUCCGAAGAUCCUUUGCCGAGUUUUCAACAUUCAGUUACUGGCUGAAAAAGACACCGAUGAAGUUUAUGCACAAAUUACUUUGAUGCCAGAAUCAGAUCAAAGCGAGCCAAGAAGUCCGGAUAGUCCUAUUGAUGAGCCUCCUAGACCUGCAGUUCAUUCGUUCUGCAAAGUUUUGACUGCUUCUGAUACCAGCACGCAUGGUGGAUUUUCUGUCCUUCGUAAACACGCAAAUGAGUGCCUCCCUCCAUUGGAUAUGAGCCAGCAGACUCCAACACAGGAAUUGAUUGCCAAGGAUCUACAUGGAAAUGAAUGGCAAUUCAAGCAUAUAUUUAGAGGUCAACCUAGGAGGCAUUUGCUAACUACAGGAUGGAGUACAUUUGUCACUUCUAAGCGUAUAGUCGCUGGUGACUCUUUUGUAUUUCUGAGGGGAGAGACUGGGGAAUUGCGCGUUGGGGUCAGACGCCAUGCUCGCCAACAGAUUUCCAUACCAUCUUCAGUGAUAUCGAGUCAAAGCAUGCACCUGGGAGUGCUUGCUACAGCAUCACAUGCUGUCAUGACUCAGACCAUCUUUGUUGUUUAUUACAAGCCAAGGACUAGUCAGUUCAUCAUAGGCCUGAACAAAUAUCUAGAAGCCAUUAAUCAUGACUUUGGAGUCGGCAUGAGAUUCAAGAUGCGUUUUGAGGGAGAUGAUUCUCCUGAGAGAAGGUUCUCAGGAACAAUUGUUGGGGUUGAAGAUAUGUCGCCUCACUGGAAUGAUUCAAAAUGGAGAACAUUGAAGGUUCAAUGGGAUGAACCAGCAUCCAUCCCAAGGCCAGAAAGGGUUUCUCCAUGGGAGAUAGAGCCAUUUGUUGCAUCAAUACCUCCAACCCUAGUCCAGCCACCUACCAUGAAGAAUAAAAGGCUUCGGCCACAUAUUGAAAUCGCUGCUCCUGAAACUAUAACUUCAAGCGCAUCACCUACAUGGAACCUGGCUCAUGAUGGCCAUCAAAUAAAUCACAGUUUUGAAGGACUAAGAAGCAGCUGCAUCACUAAUUCGCAUACUAAACAAACAGAUGCUGGCGUCACACCUAUGAAACACCGCAAUGAUGGUCCAUCAACCACUCAUAUGGAUGUAGGGUGGAAACCUCCCGUUCAUGUGCAUGCUGAAGAAACUGAAGAGAGUAAAAGUGCUUCAGUUUGGUCGGUUAUUUCAAACCAUUCAGCUCCAAACUCAGGAAGACAGUUUAGUUCCCCUACCACUGGAUGUACUGAUGUGAGGAAACCAGAUGCUUUGGCAUCAUGCAGAUUGUUUGGGUUUGAUUUGAAGAGGCCAUCAGUAGCUCCUUCAAGAUUAGCUGAUAUACCAAAGGAUAAUAGUGAACUACACAUCUCAAGUGCACUAUCCUCAGCUGAUUCAGAACAAAAAUCUAGUGUUUCAAAGGAGUUUAGAGACUCGAGGCAAGAUCAGUUGCAAGUACCAACAAAGGAGGUUCAGAGUAGACAGAGCAACUCCUCCAGAAGCCGCACCAAGGUGCAAAUGCAAGGGGUUGCUGUUGGUCGAGCAGUGGAUUUGACAACUUUGAAUGGAUACGAUAAUCUUAUAACUGAGUUGGAAGAAAUGUUUGAGAUUAAGGGGGAGCUGCAGUCACGAAAUAAAUGGGAAAUUGUGUUUACGGAUGAUGAAGGAGACAUGAUGCUUGUGGGCGAUGAUCCGUGGCCAGAAUUCUGCAACAUGGUCAGGAGAAUUUUCAUCUGUUCUAGCCAGGAUGUCAAGAAAAUGAAAGCAAACAAGCUCCAAUAG